AACGCUCUCUGUUUCCGAGCCGAGCGGCGGAUCGAACGGCCAAUACGGCGAUGGACGCGGACGCGGCGUGGGCUGGACCCGAGAGCACCCGGGCGCAGAACGGGCGGAGGGGGCCGCCGAGCCCCCGUCCAGGGGACGCCGCGCAGGAAGGAGGGGGCGCGGGGGGCGUUUCGGGGAAGCCGCCCCUGUCCUACAUCGCCAUGAUCGCCCAGGUGAUCCUGGCCUCCCCCGCGCAGAAGCUGAACCUGGCCGCCAUCUACGCGGACGUGGAGGCGCGCUUCCCCUACUACAGGGGGCGGGGCCAGGGCUGGAAGAACAGCGUCCGUCACAACCUGUCGCUGAACGGCUGCUUUGUGAAGCUGGGGCGCUGCGAGGACGGGAAGGGCAGCUACUGGGGGAUCCACCCCGCCCACCGGGGCCGUUUCCUGCGGGGGGACUUCAGGCAGCACAGGAAGGCCAGCCGGAGCCGGAGGAAGAGGGGGAUCCCGGAGGGGGAUGGGGGCGGCGACCUCACCUGCUGGGGGGCGCCGCCCUGCCCGGGACCCUGCCCCCAGUGCCCCUUCCAGCUGCAGUGGGCACCCAGGACGCUCCCCCCUCAUCCCGGCCCUGUGUCGUGGAGCCCGGGCGCCCUGGGGGAUGCUGGGAGAUGGGGCUAUGGGUGGUUUCCGUGGAGACCGCCGGGCUGGGGGGCCGGGAAUGCGGCGCUGGGAGGGGUGGAGGGGCUCUGCAGCUCCCUGUGUGUCAGACCCCCCCCUCCUCCCCCAAACUUGUGCUCCUGGCAGUGGGCAGCCCCAGACUUCAGGGACAGGGGUUACCCCUGGACGUGCAUUACGGGCCCCGCCUACCCUAUAUGAGUGCAGCAGUAUGCAGCGUAUGCUGCACGUUACGCAACAACGAAGGUCUGUGCAUAUGAAAGCCACAAUUACACAAGGACAUGUGCUUACUGACUGUAUCUUAAAGUAUGUUUCAAACUUCGGACUAGGAUAUAUGUCAUACAGUAGGUUUGUCAUGCAUGUAUAUGUGUGUGUCUUUUUGUACGUCACUUUGGAUAAAAGCUUCUGCCAAAUAAAUGUAAUGUAAUGUGUGUGUGUGUGUGUGGGUAUGUGGUGUUUUAAUUAAGAAUAAGAAUUUUCACAUUAAAAGGGUCUGGAAAGGUUUUUCCCUAAGAUUUGAACUGUUUUAUAUUCUUAACAACCCAAAAUAAGUCAUUGCAUGAAA